AAGGUAUUGUCUGUGUCUUGUGCUGCAGGGACCUGAGGAGGAUCAGGAGUCUGAAUCUGAACUAACUGUGACUGAGCUGAAGGCGCUGCGCAAGCAACAGCAGGCAAAGUUAGAGAAGACAAUGUUAGGCGAGGACUCGGAUGAAGAUGAAAAAGAAGAAAAGGAAGAGAAACGGAACGAGAGCACUCAGAGUAACGAUAUGAGUUGCUCAUGGGGAAUGGGGGAAGAUGCAGAGGAAGAUGAGGUUGAAGAAAAUCCUAUUGCCAUCGAGUUUCAAGAGGAGCAAGAAGCCUUUUAUUUGAAGGACCCUAGGAAGGCACUGCAGGGUUUCUUUGACAGGGAAGGAGAAGAACUAGAGUAUGAAUACGAUGACCAUGGACACAAUACCUGGCUCUGCAAGGUUAAAUUGCCUGUGGAUGAUGCAUCAGGGAAACAGUUGGUGGCAGAGGCUAUUCAUUCAGGGAAGAAAAAGGAAGCAAUGAUUCAGUGCGCAUUGGAAGCAUGCCGGAUACUGGAUGCUAGAGGUGUGCUGCGGCAAGAAGCAGUAUCCCGGAAGAGAAAAGCAAAGAACUGGGAAGAGGAGGACUUUUAUGACAGUGAAGAUGACACCUUCCUUGAUCGAACUGGAUCUGUUGAAAAGAAACGACUGAACAGAAUGAAAAAAGCUGGGAAAAUAGAAGAGAAGCCGGAGACUUUUGACUCGCUGGUUGCAAAGUUAAACGCAGCUGAAAAAGAACUUUCUGAGAUAACAGAGAAGCUGAAGGCUUCAGGGAAAGCCCAGUCCCAGCCGGCUUCUCAGGAUUCCUUGGAUGAGUUCAUGACUGAAAUAAAAUCAGGAUGCUCCUUAGACAGCGUAAUGAGGAAGAAGCUACAUUUGCGGACCUUUGAGCUGAGGAAAGAACAGCAGAGACUGAAAGGGUUAAUAAAGAUUGUUAAACCUGCAGAACUGCCCGAGCUGAAGCCCCAGACUGGGAGUCAUGGUCUGGAAACAGAGAGCAAGCCUAAAAAGCUAACAUUGCCUCUCUUUGGUGCAAUGAAAGGAGGGAGAAAAUUCAAACUGAAAACUGGAAGUCUUGGGAAGUUGCCUCAUAGGCGUCCAGAUAUUCCUGAAAGCUUGUUAAAAAUGAAAGAUGAUGGGCCUGAAGUGGAGGAAGAAGAGGAGGAAGAGGAUGAUCAGGACAUCAAAGCACCAAAUAUCGGGACACAAAAAACAGAGAUGAAAAUGGCAGAAGGAGAAGUAGAUCAAGAGACUUGUCUUCCUGUCAGAUCUCCCAGCAAGGAGCUCACCCAUGGAAUUGGUUUUCAGUCUCAGCCCAUCAGCAGGGAGUUAAAGACAGCAGAGAAUGAAUGUCCAGUGGACCUAUCACAAGAGAAGUCUCCAGCACCUGACAGAGUGUGCAAGACUUUUGAAGAGAACCCCAAGAAAAAGACAAAAGUAAAUGGCCCCAGCAGGCUCCAGGAAGCAUUUUCCUCUUCUCGGUACCCAGAAGAUGACCCAGACUACUGCGUGUGGAUGCCUCCUGCAGGUCAAAGCGGUGAUGGCAAGACACAUCUGAAUGAAAAAUAUGGCUAUUGAGCUUCACAGGUCCCAGGCAGUGGCUCUGAGGUCUAAGGGACUGUGCUACUUUGAACAACUUUCUGCAGAGUUGGGUGAGGGAUGAAAGAACUGGCUUCUCAGAUGCUGUUCCAGACUGACUGGCAUCAGCACCAAUUUGGCAGUUAUCUCAAGUAUUGCAUCUGUUCUUUGUUUUUAAAAUAUUUCUAAGGUUUCCUGAGCCUUUCCCACAAUUUAGUCCACCUCUUCCUUCUGCAGUUGGCCUAGUUGUUGUAUUUGCUGAGAGAACGUAAAGGCUUUAUGUUUACAAGCUUGAUGAAUUGAGACCAAGCUGGUUUUAUAAAAUAAAAUGAGAACUCUAGUGUUUUUUGCCUUCAAAUGGUAAUUAAUUGUCAGAGCAAACGUGACUCAUAGUUCAGGUUUUAUUAAAAACAUUUUAUUUUGAAGUAAAUCUAUUUUAACAAAAAAAAAAAGCCUUUGCAACCUUUAGAACUGAAACACUUCAGCACUAAACAGUGUAAGAAACCAGAGAAUGAAAUUGACUGGAAACACUGAGAAAAAUACAAUGAUUAGGGGCAUGGAAAAACUCUUAUAUGAAGACAAGUUGAAAACAUUUGGAUUGCCUACCUUUCAAAAGAGACAAAUUUGAGGGGACAUGAAUGCUCUUUAAACAAAGGGAGAUCUAUUCUCCCUCUGUCAUAGACAAGAACAUCAGCAUAUUUUGAGGAAUUUGAAAAAUGAUGUAUUCAAAAUAGAUAGCAGAUAAUAAUUCUCUGUGCAUAAUUAGACAGUGUAACUCCAUGCCACAGAAUGUUUUUGGAGCCAAGAGCUCAGUGAGAACCAAAGAGGGAUUGGACCUCUCUAUAUAUAACAAGAAUAUCCAGAAUUAUAAAAACUAGGGCUGAAGAAAGCAUUGAAAGGGAUAUACUUAGCUUCUUAAAUUAAUUCCAAAUUAGGCAAUAGGCAGUUUCUUGAAUCUUCCUUGAAAGCCUUGGUGCUGGCCACUGUCCAGAGACAAGAUGAUUACAUUGAUUAUAAAUCUGAGCCAGUCUAACAAUUCCUAUGAAAAGUAGCUCUAUAAACUGCUACAGUGGUUUUUGUAAUAUAGAUAAGGACAUUUUUCUUUUAACAAUAAGAGUUUUAUCCAAACCAUGUAUCUUCACCGCCCUCUUUCAUCAGUUAUGUUUUUAGGAUGGCCAUAAUAGUUCAGGCUUUUCUGUCUUUUCAGCACUAUGUAUUUGGGCAGGUGCCUUUCAUACUCCCCUAUUUGAACCACCACUUAGUUGCAAGUAUUUUCCCUGGUAACCAAAGUCCACUCACUUUAGUGUCCCCUUACCAGUUCUUUCAAAAAUCAUAAUUAAGGAGAAGAUACCUGCAGAUGGAGCUAGCGAAGCAUAGACCAUGCUGUACCACAGGUCUCUUCCCACUAUAAGCUGUAUUAUGUCUAAGUCCUUUCCUUUGGAUCUCUAAAGGGUGCCCUUCCUGAUAAUCUUUCUUUCCUCCUCCUGCCCCAUAAAAAUGCUGAAUAGGCCCCCACACUUAAGCCAGUGGCUUUAAAAUAAAAACCCCGGUAUAGAAGAGUUAUUUCAUAUCCACCCAUUCAGCCACUCGGCUGUUGAGUCAGGUUUUUGCUUGGUCUCACUACUUGUGUCAUCCUGAGGCCAGGAUACAGUACUUCCUCUAGCAUUCAAGAACCAAUUGUCUAAAGCUGUUGUUUCCUAUGCAGUACACAGGAUUACGUCUUUGCAACAUGUUUACCUCAUUAUCAUAAUUACUUUCCCUUGCUACAGAACUUCCACUUACGUAUUCACCUGAUAAAUGCAUUUAGUUGUAUAGGGCCUAUCCAAAGCCUUCCAAACCCAGUAUCUGACCAGCUGGCUUCAAGAUAUUUUGGUUUGGAGCUCUGUGCAUGAAGCAAUUUAUCUGAUAAUUUACAUAGCAACACAUUGUGCUGUUUCAGGUCAAACAAUUAUAAAUUUAAAAGCAUAUAAAUACUAUAGGUUUUUACAAGCUUUUACAUUCUAAUUAAAAAGUGUGACAUUUAAUGUUGGAUGCGCUCAGCAUAGCAAUGAGAGAAUUUAAGUGCAAUGAAAUGUCAAAAGCUCUCUCUUUCUGGAACCCCCGGUGUGUGUGUGUGCCGCUAUAUGUAUAUUCAUUAAUAUGUUGUACUGUUUCCGGGUUCUGAUGACCUGUUAAACGUAGGUUCAGUCUCAUGUUUUUACUAGACAUACUCAAUAAAAAUACAGCCUAAUCAUA